UCCCUCAAAAAUCCAGAAGUAUGAAAUGGGAUCAUCUUCAAAGAUUGUUAAGCAUGAAUUCAUUCAACCUGGUGCCUUAGCAGCAAAGGGAUGGGGAGGGAAAAGCUUAAGAGUAAUGGGCUCUUUAAGAGUUAAUGCCGAACAGAGGACUCUAAUUGCCAAAAAUAAGAGUUGUAAUACAGCAACUUCUAAGUUGAAUAUGCUAGCUGAGAAAAAUUUCAAUGUGCACCCUUAUUUUGAAGCAAUGGAAGACAAUUUCCCCCUCUAUCAAGAAGCUGAAAUGACUCAAGACGCUCAGAGAAGUGACAGAAGUGGUCGAGGACAAAGCAUAAGAGUUACUGCUGAAAAGAGGACUCCGAUUGGAACAAAUAGAAGUUGUACUCCAGCAACUUCUAAUCUAAAUAAGCCAACAAAGAGAAGUAUCCUUGUGCCUCCUGAUUUUGAUCCAAUGGAAAACUCCCUUUAUCAAGAUGCUGAAGUGACUCUAGAUGUUCAGAGAAGUGAUACUAGUCCAUUUGAAUCUCAUAAGGCAAACAAAGUGGCUGCAGUGACUCGAGAUGUUCAGAGAAGUCCAUUUGAAUCUCAAAAGGCAAAAAAAGUGGCUGAAGUGACUCGAGAUGUUCAGAGAAGUGAAACUGGUAUUUUAUUUUCUUCUGUGUAAUAUCUUUUUGUUUUUAGUGGGCUUGAACUUUUUGUAUUGUUUGACUUAAAAUUUGCAAGUCUAUUUGAAUCUCAAAAGGCAAAAAAGGUGGCUGAAGUUACUUGAGAUUGUUAGAGAAGCGAAACUAGAUUUUUUUUUAAUAAAGUCCACUAGGCUGCCACUUGCAAUGCAGCUCUUCAGCAUCACCGCACAGUCUAUAGUACUAGCUGCAGUGGUUCCCUUCAGUUGUUGUAUGUAUAAUGCAACCAUCUUCCAGCUUUCGUGUCCUCAUUUUGUUGUUGUGAGUCCAUGCUAAGCCUGCACUCUCCUUG